UGCAGCUCAACGUUGUGUGUGAGCAUUAAGGGAACAGAGCAGAGUGACUAGGAGGAGGGACACUGAACGGACACACUGGGACACACAGCCAAAACACUGGGGUACGUACGGACAUACAAACAGAAGGGACUGGGCUUGGGCAUGAUGAUAAGAAGGCAGAGGAGCAGACAGGAGAAGACGCAGCCACAGUGCCUAAGAAGAUGGUAGCACCCCAGUUUGUAUGAUGCCCGGUAUAAUGGCAUCAUGCUGGCCUUUAAUCUUUGUUCUCCAUCUUUUGCUGCUGUCCCCACACUGGAAGACUUUUGGGUGCCCUGCCCGCUGUGACUGUGCACCUCAAGUUCGGUCAGUCAUUUGCCAUCGUAAGCGCCUAACUUCUAUUCCUGAGGGCAUUCCUUCUGAAACUAGGCUCUUGGACCUUAGCAAGAAUCGUAUACGUUGCCUGAAUCCUGGUGAACUCUCUCCAUAUCCACAAUUAGAGGAAAUUGACCUUAGUGAAAACAUCCUCUCUACCAUAGAGCCGGGGGCCUUUGCCAACCUUUUCUAUCUUCAGACACUCAGAUUGAAAGGCAAUCAACUGAAGCUUCUUCCCACUGGGGUGUUUACCAAACUUAGCAACUUGACUCUGUUGGACAUUAGCGAAAAUAAGAUUGUCAUUCUCCUGGAUUUCAUGUUCCAGGACCUGAGGUACUUAAAAAGCCUUGAAGUUGGUGACAAUGACCUACUGUAUAUCUCACAGAAAGCCUUUUCUGGACUUGUGGGGCUGAAACAACUGACUAUUGAAAAAUGCAACCUCACUUCUAUAUCUGCUGAGUCCCUUUCUUACUUGCAAGGACUAGAGGUCCUGAGGCUCCGUCACUUAGGCAUUAGCUCUCUAGAAGAGCAGAACUUUCAGAAGCUCUAUAAUCUCAAAGAGCUUGAAUUAGAUUGUUGGCCAUUUUUGGAGGAUGUCUGUACUACAGCAUUCCAGGGGCUGAAUCUCACUUCCCUUUCUAUCACCUACACUAACCUCACCUCAGUGCCAGCAACUGCAUUAAGAAGUCUGGUGUAUUUGGAAUACCUAAACCUUUCCUACAACCCAAUUAGAGCCAUACAACGAAGUUCCUUCAGAGAUCUUGUCAGGCUCAAAGAACUCCACAUGGUUGGAGCUUCCCUGACUUCUGUGGAUUCCCAGGCAUUUUAUGGAUUGAGACAAAUACGCCUACUGAAUGUCUCUAACAAUCUUCUAGCAACUCUAGAGGAUAAUGUCUUCCAGUCAGUUAAUACUCUAGAGACAUUGAGAGUGGAUGCCAAUCCUCUUGUCUGUGACUGCAGACUGCUGUGGAUCUUGCAGCGUCGGAAGACCCUCAACUUUGAUGGUCAUCAACCUAUAUGCGCUUCCCCAACAGAAAUCCAGGGCAAUGCCCUAAGUGAUUUCCCAGACUCAAUACUAUUUGAGUACUUUACAUGCCAAAAGCCCAAAAUAAGGGACAGAAAGCUGCAACAUAUUACAGCCCAUGAAGGGCAACCUGUAUCAUUCCAGUGUAGGGCAGAUGGUGAUCCAGUCCCAAUUAUAGUCUGGGUUUCUCCACAACGGAGGAUGAUAACUAGCAGGAGUGUGGGAAGAUCCACUGUUCUACCAGAAGGAACUUUGGAGAUCCGGUAUGCUCAAGUUCAGGACAGUGGAACCUACAUCUGCAUCGCCACAAAUGCUGGAGGCAAUGACACUUAUUUUGCUACACUGACUGUCAAAGGUGACAAUUCCCCGUACUCCAACAGAACAUUAUAUCUCUCAGAAUACAAUGACACCUCCCAUAAUGACACCCACGUAUUUUUGAAGUUUACCCUGGACUUGAAAACCAUCUUAGUAUCAACAGCCAUGGGCUGCAUUACCUUCUUGGGGGUUGUCCUAUUUUGUUUCCUCAUACUCUUUGUCUGGAGCAGAGGGAGAGGGCAACAUAAGAACAACUUCUCAGUGGAGUACUCAUUCCGUAAAGUUGAUGGUCCUGCAUCUGCUGCUGGUCAGGGUGGAGCAAGGAAGUUCAACAUGAAGAUGAUUUGAAAGUAGCUAUGCUGCUGAAGCACGAUAACAUGGACACUGUGAUUUCUUGCUCAUUUAAAGGAGUGAGACAAAUGGAGUGCCUCGCAUAUGGACUUACAAAAGAUUGUCCAGGACAGAAGCCAGACCAUCAUUAUUCUUCCAUUCCUACGAAAUAUAAGGGCUAUCUAAAGGCUCUUCUUUUUCUGUCCAGCUCAAGUUAUUUUACACUUCUAGUAGCAAAAAGAUUAACUGAAAAGCCUACCAUUCCAGAAGCCCAAUACCUCUUCUCGAAGUCGAAGAUGGAACAGAAAUCUUAAAUAAGGACUGUGUGCUGAUGAUAAUUGUUGAUUGGAUGCCAAGGUCACAAGUCUAAACUGACAAUGGUACCAUAAUAUGGAUUAAUGUGCAGGUGACUUGGAAGCAAUGAAACGGUAUAAUUAAAACCAGCCUUAAUAUAAAUGAGGAUGUUGAUUAUUUUCAGCAAAUGAAUCAUAUAAAAUUGACUAUAAUUUAUGAAAUAAGAAGAAGGGGGGAGGGAAGUGGAAACAAAUUUAGAAAUAUUUAGGAUAUGGUAAUGCUACUAUGAUAAUGAAUUUGGGGAAAAUACUCAGGAUUUAUACAGGGACCAUCUCUUGCAAUCCUUGAAUUAUAGAGGAGUGUAGUCUGUAUUAAAUAUCAAAAUGGUUGUAGGCAUACAUUAUAAAUAUAUAUAUAGGCAGUGGAUAUUUCUGUACUUGUAUAUAGUAGCAAGUUCUAGCCUAAGCCAUAAAGGUGACAGGCAAGUUUACUGUACAGUAUUUAGCUUUGUGUUUAUUAAACGGUUGUUUUAAUCAUGUACGUUAAAGACAUAUUUCAGCUCUAGUGAGUGGUUAAAGCAGACCUAACAAAACAACCUCAAUAUCUAUGACACAAUGAAACGUAUACACCCAUUCUGAAAUAUAUGUUUACACACAGUAACUAUCCAUUCCACUAAAUACGACUUAAGCAGACUGAUAGAUACAUAACC